CGUCCCGGCGGCGGCGAGCGGGGAGCCGGGAUCCCAACACCCCGCUGCCUCCUGCCGCUCCAUGGCCCCGGCCGAGGCGGCGGACCCCAGCUCCCGCUGCCCCCGGGGCACCGGCCCCGGCCCCGGCGGGAGGCGCACGGCUCGGCGGCCGCCGGAAUUGUGGCUGAGCCAGAGACGAUGACUGCAGAGAGCGCCGAAUCCAACGGGCCUAUGCGGGAACCGGAGCACGGAGGGCCCAAGGUGCCGGUGCCCCCCGUCCCCCCGCGGCGCCAGGGCCGCCGCCUGCGGCGCAAGUCCCCGACGGAGCCCCCGCUGAAAGGGCAGCUCCGCAUGCGCUCACCCGCGGGGGCCUUCGUCAUGGUGGGCAUCUCGGUGGUCCUGGUGGGCAUGACCAUUGCUGUGGUGGGCUACUGGCCCCACCGGGGACAUGGGGGCACUGGGGCCGGCACGGGGAACACCAGUGUGGUGGGGGACACCAGAAGGGAGGCGGCAGCCGGGCACCACAUGCCCCACAGCGAGAAGCUGAAGCUGAUCGGCCCCGUCAUCAUGGGCAUUGGGCUCUUUAUCUUCAUCUGCGCCAACACGAUGCUGUACGAGAACAGGGACAUGGAGACCCGGCAGCUGAUGCAGAAGGGGCUCUACAGCCUGACAGUGGGGCUGCCCAAGGGGACCAGCCCCGAGGACGGGCACUGCCAGCACAGGGACAGCCAGCCCUUCCCCAAGGCCAAUGCUGAGUGCGUGGAGGGCUGUUACCAGGUGGACCUGUCCUGUCAGCCCUGCCCCAGCCCUGGCAGCAAGUGGUCCGACUGCUACGGCCCCAACCGGCUCCAGGCCAUGGCCGAGUUCCUGCAGCACCCGGCAGCUUCCCCCGCGACCUCUCUUCACAGUCUCCGCUCCACCGAGGUCAACCUGAGCCUCCCGUGCCGCGCUGGAGCCGAGUCCCUCCUGUCCUCGGCCGUGGGAGCCUUGACACUGCCCAUCAUCAAGCUCAACAACUGCUUGCUGGACGGGGCAGCACGGGGGGCUGGCGGGAGGGCAGAGAGGGACCCUGCUGAGCAUCCCCCCAAAACAUCACAGCUCUCCCGAGCUCCGCUUUCCAUUGGUGACGGCACCGCACCCUGCGGCCAGGAUGGUGAUGGUGGUGGUGGCCACGUUGUCAUCAGCGUGGAUGACAGCUGUCCCAGCGUGGAGCCGCUGGUGGAGCUCAGCCCCGAUGUGCACCUCCACGCCCCAGGACACUCCAAAUCCCUGGACCUUGGCCGGCCGGGGGUGUUGCUGGUGGCCCCCAUCAAGGACCGUAAGAACCGGAGCUGGCCCCGGCUGGACCACGUCAGCCUUGUGGGCUACGCCAAACUGGAAAGCACUGGCGAGUCCCUGGACCAGCUGCUGGAGCCCAGUGAGCCCCCAAGCCAGGGCGAGCCCCUGCCCAGCUCCUGGGUGGUGGGGAUGGAGCAGGGCACGCAGGUCUGAUGUCCCCAGCACCUUUGGGGACUGUAACAUCCCAGUCCCUCAUCUUGGCCCCCAGCAACCCCAAAACCCCACAUCCAGGAGGGGUUUGGGAGUGGCAUUUUUAAGCCAAUGCCAAGAGGAAGGUCCUGACCCUCCGCUCCUGGGCAAGGACUCGCCUAGGUGGGAUGUCCUUCCGGGUAGAUGCCCUUGGCCUUACAAGACCUUCUCCUGGUGGCUUUUCCAGAGGAGUCCUUGCUUUGAGACCCCACACAAAUUGUGGGAUAGGGACAUGGGGGCGGGUGAAACCCCACCAGCCCCCACAAUACUUUAUCUCAGCAGGGUUGGGGUGGGGAGAUGCUUUGGGGGGUGGUGUCCCCUUGUCCAGCCUCAACCCACCAAAAAAUUUGCUUGGCCAGAGCACGUAGGCCCAACGGGGCUAUUAAAUAUUAUCUGGAUGCCAUGUGGUCAUGCCUUGCCUCCUCCUCCUCUUGCCUGUGGGAUGCUGGGAGGGGCAGUGCCUGCGGCAGUCUGGCCAGAGGGUCUGUGAGACCUUGUGCCCCCACCCAGACUCCACUGGAGAAGGGAUGCUCCAUAAUCAGUUGCUCAACAUUCACAGGAUGAGGUGAUAAGUGCAAGGUUUGGGAUUUUUAUGGAGAGAAGGGAUGUAAAAAAGGUGCCCAAGGAGUUGCAAGCAAGGUGCUGCUGCCCACUUGGGGUGCAGCAAUUCUGAGAGCCUCUCAGUGGAUCUGAGUUUGUGCUGGUUUUUGGUGGGAUGGAGGAUGCAGGUGGUGGGAGGAAGGAUGUGAAGGGACAGAAAGGUAGACCAGGUCCUUUUGGUGCUGUUCUGAUACUUGAUGCCUGUUGGAUGCAGCGCAGGAACUGUAUGGGAUGAGGCCAGAGAGGCAGCCUCAGCACUGGGGUAGAUUCCUGGAGAAAAGGGAGCUGGGGGUUCAUCCCAUCCCUGCUUACUCCCUCCAGCUCUCUCGGGCAGGAGGAGCCCCAGGAUGCCAGGGCAUGUGGAUGUAUGGAUUGGAGAGAUGAGACUAGCACAGCUCUGCUCUCCAGCAGCUUGGGAGGCUUCAAAAUGGCUGUGGCAGCCUAGAUGGGAUCUUUGCCUUUUACCUUCCCAAAACCAGGGUCUGUUGGGAUAGCUGAAAUCUCUUUUAUGUGUAUGAAAUGUCUGGGGGGGGGAGGUGUUUUAUUUCUGUCUCUGCUUCUCCUUCUCUGGUCUUGAGCACAAAGUGUCAGACCUUGCAAACUUUGGGAACAACGUCCUUCUCCAGAUCAAAACAUCCCAGUAAAAUAAUUUGGAAAUUGCCUUUUCUACCCCAGCCCCCUCUUCUCCCAAAAAGCAGCCCCCACAGUGCUUUGAUGGCAGGGGGUUCUACUUUACAGGGAGAAGUUGUCUCUGUUUCCAAUGCCAGCCCUCCCAGAGAGCUUGGGUACAGCUUCCCCCAUGCAGGGACCAGAGGUGGGACCGACAGCUGUGGUUUGGGCCCAGCUGCAUCCCAAAGGAUUCUCUGGGAGUGAUACCAGCCCAAGCUCAGCUAUUUAUUUGGCUACUUAAUCUCAACAGUAUUUAGGCACUGAUUCAUUGCAAUAAACAGCAACAAGAAAAAGUCACCAUUGGGGUCUGCCCUGGAGCAGGAUUGAGAAGUGCCAGAAGGUUGUUUUUGUCCGAAAAUAACUUUUCCCUUCAGCUUAACCAUCUGCAGCCAGAGCUAAUGCCAGGUCCUGGGCCAUGCUUUGGGAACUGGCAGCAAGAAAUUGAAGCCCAAAAUGCCACAAGGAGCUGCAUGAGAAGCUACUGGGGGUGUUUGUUUUAUUUUUUCCCAUUCAUUUUCAGCUGAGGCUCAGUCUAACUGUGGGAAAUGGCUGGAUUUGCAGGGCAACCUGCCUGGACCAUGUGCCUGCACCAGCAUCAUCCUCUUGCCCCAUCCUCCUGCUGCCCCAUCCUCCUUCCCAGCUCAGCAGCAUCCUCCAGGGGAGGCAUUUCUGAGUCACACAGGGAUAAUUUCAAAAUGCAAAGCAGCUUGAUUAAUUAAUCUGGCAGGGUGAGAAGCCCUGUGCCUUCUCCAGGGAAGAGCAGCAUCUGUGCAUCGCUCACCUUCAGCUCUGUCUGUGCACACUGUUCCCAGAGUAUUUGUGGGAUAUUAGCAGUGCUGGUUUCAGUGGAUGGAUGCCAUGUAUGCUGUCCUCACAGUGUUCUGGGAAUUAACUGGGCAAGGUGAGGCUGGGUUAGAAACAGAAAUCAAAAGAGGAAGUAAAAAUGUACACCCUGGAUGGAUCCCUCCAUUGACUGCUUGGCUGCAGAGUUGUGAAGUGGAACAAUCCUGGGAGCCCUGGAGAUGCCACACAGCCCAGCCUGUGAAGGGCAGUGCUUGGUGGUGCCUUCUGUCCUGCUCAGGAACAGGCUGCAUACACUAUGGACUAAAUACCCAGCUUCAUCACCCCCCAGGGUAUCCCACCCCAGGAGGUGGCCACUGCAGGAAAACAUUCCUACCAACAGAAGGGGUGUUUAAUCAUAAACAUCAGCAGAGAAAGUUGGGGGAUUGUUCCCAACACCAAUGUGUCCAUGUUGAUGACGACUGACCCUGGGGGACCCUUGGACCAGAGGAUGGAGGCUGGAGAGACCAAGGGCAAUUGCAGUUAUCCCCCAGCACCAAGAGACCUCUCAGCUGGUGCAUGGCUACAGGACAGCUUAGUUUGGGCCAAAAAUGGAUAAAAUAGGGAAAAUGGAUUGAGGGAACCACUGCCACAGGCUGUGUGUGGGAGAUGUGCCCUCGGGAGGUGCAGACCCCGCUGGUGGCUGUGAGGGGGUCUCUCACGCCUGGGGACACCCCAGUAGUGCCAGCAGGUCUCCAGAUUUGCUGCUGGGACACCUCUGUCCCCAGGGAGCACAACAACCACAGCUGGGGACAAUCACUCCCUGAUACUUCUCAGCCCUUGGCUGGUUUGCAGCUCUUUCUCCUUCCUCUGCCUCCUCCUCCUCUCCCUGCAGUGGGGUAGGUCACAGCCAUGAAUCUGCUUGGCCAGAGUGCCCUUCCUUAAGAUUUAAGGUCUGUGAGAAGGCGAGGGCCCUGCUCCCAGUGUGUACUUGCAGUACAGCCAGGAGUGAGUGAUCCCAGCCAUAAAUCUCCUGCCGAGGUGUGGGGAAGAUGACGCGUGGGGGUCGGUGUGACCUGUGCUGGGGGAGCGGUGUGAUGAGUGCAGGCGUGUUCCCCAGGUCUGUAACACCCUGGCCCUUUUCGCAGGGGGCUGAUUUCUGUUGUUUUAUUUUAAAGAAGGGCAAGAGUGUGAUACAAAAUGCUUCUCUGCAUUAAUGAGCCAGCACUGAGCCGAAGGCACCCAUCCUAGUGCUUCCCAGUACCCAGGGGAGCUGGAACAGGUCUGGAGCUGGGGUGGGGUUGGGAGAAGUUGCUUAAUUAUUUUUAAUUGCUUUUUCUGUGGGUUUGGGGGCGUCCUGUGUAGGUUCUCUGGCAUCCAAGGCUCUGCACAUUAAUCCUACUGUAGAAAUGGGCUGAGCAAUGUGGGAUGGAUUGCCCUGGGGCUGGUCCUGGGUUAAAACCCAGAGUUCCCUCAGUGUUGUCAGCAUCUGUGUGACGUGUCCUGACAGCUGAGCACCGGCAUGGGGCUGGAGCCCAAAUCUCUGGGGCUGUGUCUUGGAGCCUAUGCUGGGGGCAAAAAGCAAAAGAUGCCCAUGAACCUGCAGGAAUCUGUGCUGGUGCUUCCUUGGGUGAUUGAGGACGGAGCAGGGAUGAAUCCAAGGCCAUUGACGCAGCUGCUGCAGGACCUGAGGUAAUUCCCCACCUGGUUUUGGCCAUUCUUUUGUGCUUCAUUUUCUCCAGUGAUUGAUAGAGCUCAGAGCUGAGCUCAGCAUGUCCAGCCUGGCCCAUUGACAACAUAAUUCCUCCCUUUCAAUCCCAUUUGUCUCAGACCCUGGGCUCUCCCAGCAGGAAGGGAUGGAGUCACCCCGCUGCUGCCUGGCUCCCACAGCAAUUCCCUCAGGAGCCCUGAGAGCAGCCCUGAUCCUCCAGGAACACAACUGGCUGCUGAGCCCAAAAACCGGGAGGAACAGCCUAAAAAUAGUCUGGGCUGUAAUAAACUGGUGAUUUAAUGGGAACUUUCUCCUCCUGAUGUGACAGCUGCUUCUGCAGGUUGAGUUCUGGGAUGGAGACAUGAGGAAGGACCAGGGAUGGGUGAUGAAGGAAAGCGACUUUUGUGGCUUCUUCCCAAAGAUUGGGACCUCCAAGACAGAGUCAUUGCCUUUGGUGUGGGAUCUGGGGCUGGGAUGGGUGUGGGGCCACCCAGGAGUGCAGACUUGGCCCGUCGGGAGCUGCUGCCUCCUGCGCAGCUGGAACAAGGGGUUGGGGUUUUAUUUAUUUGCAUCUGGAUUGCCAUGGUAUUUGUUUGCCUAACAUUUUCCCUAGCUUGUAGCAAGGCAAAAUGCCACAGGCAACAUUACCACACCCCCUCCUCCUCUGGCUGUGAGGUGGAUAAAGGCACCCUGCGCUUGGGACACUUACCCAGAGGGGCUUUGGGGAGCUUUGAGGAAAAGCCUUUCCAGUCUCCUGGGAUGGCCCCAGACUGCUCAGCAUCGAGGUGGGUGUUUGCUGUCCCUGUGCACAAACACUGGGGAAAUAAGCUGAGGACACUUUUCCCCUGGACAUUUUGGAUGGGGGUUCCAGUGCCACCGGUGCUGGGGUGUUCCUUCACUGGCGAUGGCAACACUCCUGCCCAGCAAAGCACCAUGGUUUGGGUGGAUGGGCAAUGUGGGACCAUAUCCCUGGUGCCACUGAUGUCCCUGCAGUGUCCAGGACAGGGAUGUGCCAGAAGUCCCUUGGGAGCCAUCAGCCCCAUGUCCCCUCCCUGUGGAAGUCCCAAGGCUGAUGAUGGUGUUUCUGCCAGGACACACUGGUGCAGUCCAGCACAAUCCCAUAUUGUUGGAGCUGGUAGCUGUGGGACAGACUGGGACCCACAGGAGCUUGACAAGAGCUUGGAGCUGCUCCCCAGGUGAUGCUCAAUAGAGCCAAAAGUGGGAGCAGGUGAUGCCAUUGAGCAGGGGACUGACAUCCCAAAGUGAAGGUAAGCAAAGGGAUGAAGCCAUUUAUUGGUUGGUUGUCUGCAGACACGAGGUUUUUGGGGAUGUGGUUCGUACCCAGCCACAACCCCUCACACCAGUGCAUUGUCUGAAGAUGCUGGGACCUCCCCAACCUCAGCUCCCCAGGACAGGGCUGUUUUCAGCAUGGCCCUGCCAGGCUGGGGAGGGCAGGAGCCUGGGAGAUGACAGGACCUGGCUCUGCCACAGAGCUGUGAGUGAGUCAUGCUGCUGUGACACUUACGGGAAAGCAGCUCCAGUGGUGGCAGCUUCCCAACUCUCCAGGGUCAGGUUCUGAGCCUCCUUGGUAAUUCUGGCUUUACAGGACACUGAGAUUUAGUACUUGAAAGCAACCUGUCCAGGGUCAGGGUGGAAGUGGUGAUGGCUGUGUGGGAGCAAUGAGAAUUCAGAGCUUUUAGCAGGACAUGCCAUGUGCCACCCUUCUCUUUCUGCCUGCUAGGGAAACCAAGGCACAGGGAGGUACCACAGCCAGCCCCUGGGCUGCCCCUGCCCCCGGGGAAGCUCUUCCCAGCCAAUUUCCAGUCUCCAGCUGCCCUAACUGGGCCUCUGGCUCUUGUUCUCUGUCAGGCCUGCAGCCAAGAUGCCCUGUCAGCUUUUUGUGCCUUAUUUUUGUCCCUCCUAAAGCUGCUGUAAGCCAGAAAAAAAAAUUAGAUAGGACCAAAAUAUAGAUGGAUUUGACAUUUCCCCCCACUCCAGUUGAGUCACACUCACUUGGGCAGCAGCGGCUGAGCACACGUCUCUCAUGGGCUCACCACAAAUUCCAUAGCUCAAAGGAUGGUUUUAUAUCAAGUGAUGCUUCUUUGGGGCAAACUUGAACUCUGGGAAUUGCUUCUGGCCUUUCUGGGGGCUUUGGUUCCACAUGUAACCACAAUGGGAACUGUUUAAAGGGUCUGAAGGCACCAAGAACCCAGGGAAAUGAUGGCCCAGGGCUGGGAGAGCUUUGGCACUAUUGUAGCUACAUUUGGAGGCUUUGGUUUAGGCUGGUAAAACCAAGUCACCACAAAGCCAGGCUAAGGAGAGAAACCUGGAGGAAGGUGAGGAGGAAGAAGAGAAUUCAGUGCCAGGGAGAGUUUUGUUUGAAGGUUUAUUGAAAAAUGCAAUACAAGAAGCAAUACUGAACACUUAGGUCUGCCUAAACACUAUGGCAACUUUCCCUUUGAUUCACUAUGAAAAUCCAAAAUAACAGCUCCCAUCACUAGUUGACCUAGAAAGUUUUGCCAAUUUUAAAAGUUCCUAUUUUUAUAAAGAGUUGUAAAUGCCUAACCUAGACAAUUCACAAUUGCCUUAAAAAUUUUUUUACAAAGCUCCUUCAUCUUCUCAACAAAAUCAUUUAUUUUUUUUUUGUUUUUUACAAGUUU